AGAAUGACUGACGCUUCUUUCAUCCAAUCAAAUACAAGAGAUCCGGGGCGUGACCCAGAGGACCCACCUCUUUUGUCCCAGCGGAGGGCUCGGCCCUAAUUGGCAGUUUGGUAUCCUACGAAGGCCCAGAAAUUCGAACGUAGAGGCUGAACCCCACCGCAGACCAACCAGGAAGAGGUGGUGGCGGGAAUCGCAAAGGCAAAAGCAAGAAAUGGCGUCAGAUGCUGCAGUUCCCUCAUAUCAGCCAGUGCGAAGAGCUGCGGCUCAACAUUGAGUGUGACUACCACAGCCUGUGCAAGCGGCAGCCCAUUGGGCGCCUGCUGUUCCGAGAGUUCUGCGCCACGAGGCCCGAGCUGACCCGCUGCAUUGCCUUCCUGGACGGGGUGGCUGACUAUGAAGUGACCCCUGAUGAGAAGCGGAAGGAGUGUGGGUGGCGGCUAAUGCAGAAUUUUCUGAGCCACACGGGUCCCGACCUCAUCCCUGACGUCCCCCGGCAACUGGUGACUAACUGUGCCCAGCGGCUGGAGCAGGGGCCCUGCAAAGACCUCUUCCAGGAGCUCACCCGGCUGACCCACGAGUACCUGAGUGUGGCCCCUUAUACCGACUACCUCGACAGCAUCUACUUCAACCGUUUCCUGCAGUGGAAGUGGCUGGAAAGGCAGCCAGUGACCAAAAACACCUUCAGGCAGUACCGAGUCCUGGGCAAAGGUGGCUUUGGGGAGGUAUGUGCCUGCCAGGUGCGGGCAACAGGCAAGAUGUACGCCUGCAAGAAGCUGGAGAAGAAGCGGAUCAAGAAGAGGAAAGGGGAGGCCAUGGCCCUCAAUGAGAAGCAGAUCCUGGAGAAAGUGAACAGUAGGUUUGUAGUGAGCUUGGCCUACGCCUAUGAGACCAAGGACGCGCUGUGCCUGGUGCUGACGCUGAUGAACGGAGGCGACCUCAAGUUCCACAUCUACCACAUGGGCCAGGCUGGCUUCCCCGAGGCUCGGGCCGUCUUCUACGCGGCAGAGAUCUGCUGCGGCCUGGAGGACCUGCACCGGGAACGCAUCGUGUACAGGGACCUAAAGCCAGAGAACAUCCUACUAGAUGACCACGGUCACAUCCGCAUCUCCGACCUGGGGCUGGCAGUGCACGUACCUGAGGGCCAGACGAUCAAAGGCCGUGUGGGCACUGUGGGCUACAUGGCCCCAGAGGUGGUGAAGAACGAACGGUACACAUUCAGCCCGGACUGGUGGGCGCUAGGCUGCCUCCUGUACGAGAUGAUCGCAGGCCAGUCACCUUUCCAGCAGAGAAAAAAGAAGAUCAAGCGGGAGGAGGUGGAGCGGCUGGUAAAGGAGGUGCCCGAGGAGUACUCAGAGCACUUUUCCCCGCAGGCCCGCUCGCUCUGUUCCCAGCUCCUCUGCAAGGACCCUGCUGAGCGCCUGGGGUGUGGGGGGGGCGGUGCCCGCGAGGUGAAGGAGCACCCCCUCUUCAAGAAGCUGAACUUCAAGCGGCUGGGAGCCGGCAUGCUAGAACCACCCUUCAAGCCUGAUCCCCAGGCCAUUUACUGCAAGGAUGUUCUGGAUAUCGAACAGUUCUCCACAGUUAAGGGUGUGGAGCUGGAAGCCACUGACCAGGACUUCUACCAGAAAUUUGCCACGGGCAGUGUGUCCAUCCCCUGGCAGAAUGAGAUGGUGGAGACCGAGUGCUUCCAGGAGCUGAAUGUCUUCGGGCUGGAUGGCUCGGUUCCCCCAGACCUGGACUGGAAGGGCCAGCCACCUGCACCCCCAAAGAAGGGACUGCUGCAGAGGCUCUUCAGUCGCCAGGACUGCUGUGGGAACUGCAGCGACAGUGAGGAAGAGCUUCCCGCCCGCCUUGAGCUCCCCACCCGCCUCUAGCCCCCAACCUGAGGCCCCGCCGGGCGGUUGGCGGUAGCAGCUACUCCAAGCGCUGUUUACAGUUUUGCACAGUGGUCUUCCCCAUUGUCCAUUCAAGUUGUGGCCUGGGGAACACAGCCGGAGCUGUCCCCAGUGCCCUCUGCCCCUCAGCCCCUGGUCUGGCUGAGUUUGGCAAGGCCUGGACUGUCCCUGGGACAAAGGUGCGUCCCUUCAGCUCUUGUCUGUGGAGCUCGGGGCUUUCUGUAUUUAUGUCUUUGUACGAAUGUAUAUAGCAACCAGAGCGUUCUUAAGACCCACGCUGGAGCCGGCAGAGGGGCUGCUGCCACACUCCAGGCACCUCAGGCCCAGCUCAGACGGGCGAGGUUGGGCCAGGCCAGGCCCCUGGGCCCCCAGCACUGUGCUUGCCACCGCCGACCUCCGAGUGAGACUCGUGCCUGCCCCUGCCGCCCUGGGCUUAGGCCGCCACCUCUGGGGCCCAAUACUGUCCCUUCUCAGCACCUGUCAGAGCUGGAUCUGGGACCUUUCUGUCCCCUAGGCCUGUGCCAAAGUGUGACCAGAGAUUGGGCUGACCCUGGGACCCCUCAGUCCACUGCCCAGGCUGUCCCAGAUGGGUCUGCCUCUGCCUUCCAGCUCCCAGGUCACCUUGUCCCUUGUGCUGGGCCCUGUCCUGAAGACACCUCGUGCAGAAACACCCCAGCCCAGGCCAGGGGAAGGGUAGGGGUGGGGGUGUCCCUGACCAACCCUCAAACAUUCCAGACUCCCCUCAUAACAGACACAUGUGCCCAGCAAUAAUCCACCCCUCCCAGUGUGUGCCUGUGGUGUGUGUGUGUGUGUGUGUGUGUGUGUGUGUGUGAGAGAGAGAGAGAGAGAGAGAGAGAGAGAAGGGGGCAGGCGAGGCUGUGGGCCUGCACCCUAGGCCCCAGCCCUGGCCCCUCCCGGACUGUGAUGGCCAUCCUGGUCCCAGUGUUAGGGUAGCGUGGGAUUACAGGGUCCCAGUUUUUCCAUAUUUAAAGCCAAUUUUUAUUACCCAUUUUGUCCAAUAUAAGCUGCCACAUGUCUCUGUGUGAAUACAGUCCGAGCACAAACCUGGCCAGCUGCCCCUGCCUGCCUCUUUCUUGCCCCUGGUGGUCCAGGGGUCUUCCUGCUUCCCUGGCCCUGCUGGAAGUGGAAAGAGAUUGGAAGUG